AUGGAUGGAAUCGCUGCUCAGCGAAACGCGAACGGAACGAUUUCGGUUGUUUCGUUAGUUUCCAAAAAAAUGAAAACAGGAAAUCAAAGAGUUUCACAGGCCUUCCGACGAAAUCGAAUUCGAUAUUAACGAAGACAUAAUGCACAUUCAUGGCAUAUUUCUCGGAGAUUUCCUCAGUUUUGAAAUUGAGAACAACCAAGCCGUUCCCCCAUUUCAUCAGACAAAAGGGAUCGAUGGAAUCCAAGUGAAAGUGGAGAACAAUAUUGCAGUGGUUGGUUCGAAAUGCAUUCAGAAAGAAGAAUCGCCCGGUUAUUCAGAUAUCCGGAUUAGUUGGAACUCUCGUCAACAAACGUGCUCUCUUCUAUGAUACCACCGAGUUUGGACGAGUCGCCUGCAGAGACAAAGAGCCCGGAGAGGUUGACCAGAGCUACAAUAUCCUCGUCUCCAGGUAACCACGCUUCUUGAACUGAUUUACCACGGAUUCACUGCAGGCUGCCGGAAGAACAUCGCCGAGGAUUGUACUCGAAAUGCGUCUGGGGAGGCAUUUCGAAUGGGAUCGUUCAGGAAGAGACGAUCGACGAGGAAUUCUUGGAGAGAGCGUGCAGUAUUGUUCUCGACGGGUUGAUAACUGGCAAUGAAACAGAGACCGGAGAGAAAGAAAGCGUCGAAUUCAUUACUGCCAGUGAGGAGGAAAAUGAAUUGGACGAGGAGAGUGAUGUGGAACUAGAAGAAGAGGAGAGCGAAGGAAAGGGACCGGUUGAACAGCCUACCAAACGAGUCAUUGGCUUCGUGUGCAAAAUCUGGAAAGCGGAAGUCAGAGUGACGUGCAACUUGACGUUUCCGGGAUCCGACGGAUUCAUUAAAGGACCGGAAAGAACGAAGCUGAGAGUCGGCGACUGGGUCGAACUCCGUUUCACUGAAUCCGAAUUCAACCAUUUCUUCCCUCAUAAGCCGACUCAAAAAACACCCUUCUUCGAGGUGGACACGUUCAAAAAGAUUCCGGCGCCGUCGAAUUACUCUAUCCAUAAUGUGAACAAUAGUGUGACAGUGACAGUGAAAAAAGUGAGAUUGCCUGCAAAUCACAGAAAAGGCGGAAUUAUCGAGGAUCGUUACGUGGGAACGAUCGCGGAUACCCAACAGAAGACAAGAAACGGAGGAGCCGUCGUCAAUAUCGUCGUUCGUCGAAUGCGAGUCUGUCCGGGGGCGGGUGGCAAAUUUGCGGCGUGGUGUAUUAGUGGUCUGACCGAAAGUGCCGAUGGAUCAUCUUCUCAGGAUGACGCAGAAUCUUCUUCAGCGGUAAAUUGGAACGAAUUCACGAAUGUUUGUUUGAAAACCGUACCUAGUUUCAGGAAAGUACAACAAGUGGACCGACAACUUCAAAACGGAAGAAAUCGACAAAGAAAAAGUUUAGAGGGAAGAUGGCGGACGUCAAAAAAACACCUCAUUUCGAACCGGCAAAUCCGUUCCAGCGCCCGGUGCUUGCUCCUUAUCCGACCAUGGGACCGUUUCCUUACCAUCAAAUGUUUCCGCCGGCAGUGGCUCCUGCCCCCCCGAGAUUUUUCUUCAACUCUUCACACCCAUCGCCCUCUCUCCACAAGCAGUCCAGUUCGAAGCCAGUUAUCCACGGACAGGGUUACAAUUCGGUUCACGGGCAUGGAUUCAAGGCUGUGGAAACGCCGAAGAAUUUGGUGGUGAUGCGAGCGGUCGUGACUUCAGUUAAGAAAAACGCGGCAUUUUUGUGGCUACUGGAAAAGCACUCGUAGGAAAACUCCCAUUCUCCUGAGACCUUUUGAGACAUUCCCUUCUGUUUCAGUCAAUCAGUCUUCUUCCUCACUCCGGAAAUCAUUCUCGAACCCGGUCACUUCUUUGAGGGUCAAUUCUCUCGUGAUGAAUCGAAAAAGAGUGGCGAGGGACCGAAAUGGCAGUGCCAAAAGUACCUGAGAGCCAUGCGCGAACUCAUUCCAGGUAGUAUUACGAAUGGAACCCUCGAGUUCCGAAUUACUGUGAAUACUGUUAAACAUGAGUGCAGCUUCAUGAAGCCGGAGACGUACCACGAGUAUAUCGGUCCGAUCGUUAGUAAUAUCUGUUAGCCCGUCGAGCAACUAAUUUGUAAAACUUCAGAUCGAUCUUUAUCAAAAACUGCCACAAGACUGUUCCAAAGGAAUUAAAAUUACAAUUAAAUUAUCUCGAAUCGACGAGUACGGUCAGUGGAGAUGGAUUGUCGCAAAAAUUUUUCAAUCGGUCUGCUAGCCAUCGCUUUGCUAUGAAAAAAAUUUCAAUUCCAGAAACACGCUCAGUUGCUCACGGAGUUCUUUCCGGUCUGGCACACCCCGGGUAUCCGUGCCCUUCUCAAUGAGAAGUGCGAUCAUCAGUUCGUGAAUCUGAAAGGCCUACUGGACAUGGAGCCUGGCGACCAGGUGCGUUCUAGCCAGGUGAAGGCGGGAAGUGCCCCUGCGAAUCAAGUUGAGAAGAAAGAGGAAGAAACUGAACAGGGAAAGUUCGCAUGGGUCACCUCGAUCACCGAGAAUUCUGUGAAAGUGAUCGUCUUCCCGCGAGUGAAAAAGCAAACUAUGCGUGAUAUGAUCAAGGAAAUCACUGACAAGAAUGUGUAUAAGUUGGUCGAAACUCAUUUCAUGCUUAUUCGAAUCGAUGAAAAUCAUUUCAGAACCGUCGACCAGAUGAAUGUUCACAAACUGUACAAAGUUGAAAUAGAUGAAAAUGGAGCCGUGACCGAGAUGUCCGACUGCGAACAAUCAUUUGCAGCUGAUAAAGAGGGGCGUAUUGAAUUCAAGUUUAGCUCGAGUCAAAAGGAUUAUCGUAUUACUCGGAACGUGGCUCUUGUUAACCCGAUCGGCGCCCCUGCGUGGAUCGGUAAACUGAUGUUUGCCUAUCCUGGGAAACCGAUUCCGAAAAAGGAAAUCGUCUGGAAGGUUCCAUUCCAUUUUCUGAACGAUGAAGAUUUUCUCGGCAACCGCGAUGAAGUGACUGAGAAUGGCGUCUGCUUCGUGAAUACGGAUCCACCAAAGAGUAAGAUGCGGAGCCAUUUCCAUUCAACACACUGCACAAUUUCAGAACUCAAUGAAAAACUGUUCGAUUUGGAGGAGAGCACGCGGACGCAGGACGCCGAUCCCUUCGAAAGUUUCCAGAAAAGGCUCGAAGUAUUGCCUAAAGAAGAAGCUUACAAAAUGUUUAAAAAUGUUUGCAAAAUCCUCGCCGAUGAGGGAGUCACCAAAGCUAUGAAGGAUGCGGGGGUGGACACUGGAAAACUUUUAACCAUCAUCAAGGCUAAGCCUGAAUAA